AAAACGCGCGUUCAGUUGUUAUUUGAAUCUCCCAUCCCGAUAACCAAGUGCGGAAAAGCAGAGUGAGAAAUCUUAUCGGCGACGAUGGCGUCUUCAGAUGCAGUUCCUCCGCCACCUCACGAACCAGAACCUGAAAAUCAACUUUGUUCUCUCGUCUACGAGAUAUCACACGAAGCACAAGCGAUCAUGGAGAACAUGCUUAAGAUGAUCACUGAAAUCAAUCAAAAUUCUGUUCUAAUAGAGGAAGAGAUAGAGAAAUGUAAAGGCUCUGCUCUGGAUAAGAAACGAACUUUGGAUGAAGAGAAGAAUCAUUUCCAAAAGGCUGCUUAUGCUGUUCUUGACAUGCUCAACAGAGACUGAUAUACUCUAGCCAAAGGUUACCAGGGAGUUGUUGAAGAAGACAUGAUCUUUCAAAAUACUUCUAAUCUCAGGUUGAUGCAUAUGGUGUCUUCCAGGUCUGUGGGACACUUCCAUUCUCUAUAGUUCAUUCUCAUGUUAUCGUUUUUUCCUCUUUUGAUCGUUUUUUCUUCAGCAUUAUACUUUGUUGGGAUUUACGUAGUGCUCUUUCUAAAUCACUAGGAGUUUGCACUAUUAACAUUUUCCUUUCGUUAGAAAA